AUGCAAUCAAUUUCAAUUGUAAAUAAGUCAAAGGCGCGACCGAUAUCCAAACUGGAAUUGUCAUUACAACCAAAAGCAUUUUCCUACAGAUUAACGGAAUCAAAACGUAAAUCACUCCGUCAAAGCAUUUAUCAGAAAUUAAUUUGGCGAGAAAAGGAAAAUAUGACAGAAGCGCUUACAAAGAAAAGAUUUGGACUAUUAACAGUUCGACCUUAUUGCAUUUUUGAAUCAAAUAAUAACAAUAAAGAAUUAAUUUGUCCACCAGCUGAAAUUUGCGCUUAUGUGAUGAGUCUUAAUGAGGGAAUUGUUGAUAGUGAACGUAUUUUAAUACGUCAUGACUAUCCUGCCAAUCAUCAAUUUUAUCAAUUUUCACAAAUUUCAGAAAAUGGCUUUUCUGAAUUAUCACAAACAUCGAAUCAUUUAAAUGUUCAUCAUGCAUGUUUUCGUAUAAUAAAUGAAAUGCGAGGAUGUUGGGCAAAUCUAAUUUUGGUACCAGCAUCACAGUAUCAAAGUUUAGCUGCAAGUUUAGCUUGGAUUAAACAAAACGUGAUAUUUCCUUAA